AAAUGUAACAGAAGCAAAUAAGAAGAGCGUAGAAAAACAACAAAGACGGACAAAAACAAGGUUGAAAAUCGAAUUUGUAGCUUAACAUUUAAAAUAUCAACAUACAGUGUUAUCUCUUUGUGUAUAUUUUUGCGUUUUUCAAUGUGAAAAGAGCAAUAAUUAAUUAAAUCAAAAUCGAAUUAAAUCAAACGAAAAAUAAAAACGCAAGUGAAAGUGUGUGAAAUACGAUAUUUAACAUUGAUAAAACAGCUGUAACAGAUUGCUAAAAUGGCAGCAUAUCAAAUGAAUUUUAACCAGGAUUUUACUUCCCUAUCGGUGCUGAGCAGCACUGGUCUGCGUCUGUACUCGAUUGGUGGCCAGGAUAAGGUCGAGGAGAUCUUUGCCAAGGAGAACACAGAGCAAAUACGGAUUGUGGAAAGGCUAUUCAACAGUUCGCUGGUGGUGCUGGUCACCGCCCAGAAGCCCAACUGCCUGAAGAUGCUGCACUUUAAGAAGAAACAGGACAUUUGCAAUUGCUUCUAUCCGUCGGAGAUAUUGUGCGUGCGCAUGAACCGCCAGCGUCUGAUUGUCUGCCUCGCGGAGAGCAUACACAUACACGAUAUACGCGACAUGAAGAUCCUGCACUCGAUUGAGAAUAUAGCGCCAAAUGAACAGGGCCUGUGCGCGCUCUCGCUCAACUCACAUUUGGCCUUUCCCAUCUGCCAGUCCAGCGGCGAGCUGCGCAUCUUCAAUGCCCACAAACUGCGCACGGGCAUGACGAUUAAGGCGCAUGACACGCCCCUUUCGGCAUUGACCUUCUCGCCCAGCGGCGCACUGCUGGCCACCGCAUCGGAGCGUGGCACUGUCAUACGCGUCUUCUGCGUAAAGAAUGGCCAGCGGGUGCAAGAGUUCAGGCGCGGCGUGAAGCGCUGCGUGCGCAUCGCAUCUCUGGUAUUUGCAGCGGGCGGUGACUAUUUGUGCGCCUCCUCCAACACGGAGACGGUGCAUGUCUUCAAGAUCGAUGCCCGGGCCGUGGAGCUGGCCGAGCUGAAGGCCAUUGCUGAAGUGGCUGCCAAAUCGGACAAGGAGAAGACGACGACAACGGCGACGACGACAACGGCGACUGCGACUGGGGGUGCGAACGCAGAAGCUGCAGAGGCAGCAGCUGAGGAAGCGCCCGCAGCCAGCUGGGGCGGCAUGUUCACCAAGGCGGUGUCCUCGCUGCUGCUGCCCGCCCAGGUGAGCGAUGUGCUGGCCCAGGAUCGCGCCUUUGCAACGGUGCAGCUGCCGCAGCCAGGUCUCAGGAACAUCUGCGCACUGACUCGCGUGCAAAAGGAGCUGCGUCUGCUGAUUGCCUGCGAGGAUGGAUUCCUCUAUAUGCACGACUUCAAUGCGGAGCGCGGUGGCGCCUGCAAGCUGCUGGCGGUGCACGAUCUGCGCGGCGCCCUGGAGGAUGUCAUUGAGCUGCAGCUAAGCGAAAGCGUACUAAAGACGCAAUCAAAGACGCUGCCGGCUGCACUGCCACAGCAAUCGCUGACCAUGCUGAAGAGCUGUGCGGCCAGUGUGCUCAUCGAGAAUCCAGAUCCUGUGGCGGACAACAGCUAUGCGGGCAUAUUGCGCGGCGAGCAGGCGGAUGCCAUGUCCGAUUCCGCCAAGUUUCGUAAGCUGUGCGAUGCCAUUGACACGCCCACAAAGCUGUACGAUGAACGCCAGUUCCCGCCCGUGGCAAUUACGGCCAAGGAUUGACGACCACGUCGGCACAGCCAUAGGGACAUUGUGUUUCUGGACAAAUCACAGUGUGAUUAAAAGCGCGCGCUCUCUGCAUUUCUGAAUAUCCCAAAAAAAAAAA